CCCCUGAGCAGCGGAACUGUUAGAUAGCUGACAACAAACCUAAGUCACGGUGGAUGUAUCCGACUGAUUAAAUGCGUUUUACCAGUUCCGAGGUCAGCUUAAAUCUCGGAGAUUUAUUGUAUAAAAAGGCCGUUUUGCCAAAAUGAUGGAAGAAAUAGACAGGUUUCAGGUCCCUCCAGUGAACUCGGAGAUGCAGCCGCUGGAUCCAGCAGCGACAUCAACAUUAGAGGCUGACUCAGAAACAAGAACGGUCGAAUCCGUGCCCAUGAACUACAAGCCUUCUCCGCUGCAAGUGAAGAUCGAGAAACAGAGAGAGUUGGCCAGGAAGAGCGCCGCAAAGAAUGGAAGUGUGGGCAGCCCAGUAAAUCAGCAGCCCAAGAAAAAUAACGUUAUGGCCAGAACACGGUUGGUUGUUCCUAAUAAAGGUUACUCAUCUUUAGACCAGAGUCCUGACGAGAAGCCCCUGGUAGCACUGGAUACUGACAGCGAUGAUGAUUUCGACGUGUCUAGAUACUCGUCGUCAGGAUACUCCUCCGCUGAGCAAAUCAAUCAAGACCUGAACAUCCAGCUCCUGAAAGACGGCUAUCGCCUGGACGAAAUCCCAGAUGAUGAAGAUCUCGAUCUGAUUCCUCCUAAAUCAGUCAACCCUACGUGCGUGUGCUGCCAGGCGACCUCCUCUUCAGCCUGUCAGAUCCAGUAACCCUGUGUUCAUUACCCCCUCAUUCCCAGACCCCCUGUACUGUGAGUUUAACUCACCGCUCGACUUUAACCCUCGAGUAACUACUAAAAGAAAUAAAAUGGUUAUCCUAAAACUAAUAAAGGAAAAAAAAUAUAAGAAGGAAAUGCAGAAAUAAUGACGUCAUUGGUUCCUCCUAUGGUAGGACAUAGUGUUGGUAUCACCACGAAGAGGGAGUUAGAUUUAGUUAGGUAAGAGUGUUGGGUGUGUGUAUCGAAUGCAUCGACAUGAAAAUGAAUGCGUAUUUUAAAAGGGAGAAAGGAGUAACAUGUUUAUUUGUAGAACAUUUCACAUAAAGUUAUUCUGUAAAAUCUUAAAAAAAAAAAAAAACCUCUGCAGCUUCUCAUUUCGUUUUUUUUUUUUUUUUUAAGUGAUGUCUUGAUGCACAACAGUGUUCAGAUAUUGGAAUGUCAGGGAGGCUUCUUUUUUUUGUUUGUUUCUUCACAUUAAUGCUGUCCUCUGUUUUAGGUACAUUUAUUCUUCAUAUCCCAGAUUCCACUCACUCGCUACUUUAAUACGAGUACAUACCCUGUACCCCUGUUCAUUCCAGCAGUUAUCCAAUUAGCCAAUCAUGUGGCAGCAGGGUGAUGCAUAGCCUCAUGUAGAUACCGUACAGAUUAAGUGUUUUAGUUCAUGUUCAAAUCAAACAUCAGAAAAAAAUUGUGAAAUCUGAUCUCAUACCCCUUUUUGACCAACAGGGAACGGGUUCUGUUCUGAUCCGUGCACCCAAUUUUGAACUGUUUGGAACAGUUCGACCAAAAAUAAAUCGGUUUGGAGCCUGAAAACUUGGCUCCCAGCUGGAACCAAAAUAUAGCUGGUUUUUCCAGCGCAAAAAGUGAUGACAUCAGUGGGUGUGUCAUUAAUUUGGAAAGGAAGCUGAGCGCAAGCAAUGGAGAACUCAACAGAAAAGGAUACAGCUUCAGAAAAAAAAAAUGAAGUGGACUAAAAACAUCUACAGUAACAGAACAAAAGCUUGCAGGUAGUCAAUAUGGUCCGCCAUCUUGCGACUACUGUUUACUCCUGUUGUGAAUUGUGCAACACCCUCUGUUCAUGAUGCAUGCUUGAUUACAACCGUUCCGUUCAAAACUGGUGAAAAUGUGGGUUGGUUCGCUCGCUGGCACCGAGGUUCAGAGAAUCCUGAAUGGAACCAGUUCAAGAAUCCAAUCCCUGGCGGCGUCGUGGCUCAGGUGGUUAAGGCGCCAUACCAUGAAUGCGGGCGACCCGGGUUCGAUUCCGGCCCGAGGUCAUUUCCCGAUCCCUUCCCGUCUCUCUCUCCCGCUCAUUUCCUGUCUCUACACUGUCCUAUCCAAUAAAGGUGCAAAAAGCCCAAAAAAAUAUCUUUAAAAAAGAAUCCAAUCCCUGUUGGUUCAAAAGGGGUAACGGUGACAUUGUUUCUUGGUGCUAGAUGGAGAUUUUCACACACUAUUGUUUGCAAGGAUGUCUCAACAGUAUACACAGAAUGGUCUGAAAAAAAAAAAAUCCAGCUCGAUGGGUGGAAACACCUUGUCAAUGAGUGAGAUCACAGGAGAAUGACCAGACUUGGAGUGGUGUAUACUGGUUUACUUCUGUCCGUCCGGCCGUAUCUCCGUAUUUCUCUGUCCGAAACACCCUUUUUCUCAGCAACCACAAAUCAUCGCCACUUGGUACCAAGCUUAAGCUUGGGGUUCUAUACCAUGUGUACCGUUUUCAUGUCUGUCGCACAUCGACUUUCUGUUUACCUACUGAAUGUAUUUACGAAACAUAUAGGGUGGAUUUACAAAAUUUUUAAUCACACUUUUCUCAGCAACUACAAAUCACAACUGCUUGAUAUUUGGUACCGAACUUCAGCUUGGGGUUCUAUACCGUGUAUACCGUUUUCAGGUCUGUCGCACAUCGACUUCCUGUUUACUGACUGAAUGUAUUUACGAAACAUAUAGCGUGGAUUUUGACGCUGUUUCAAGAAGCAAAAUGCUAUUUCAAAAUGACAGUUUACCAGGAUGCUGUUUGAAAUCCCUGGGGAGAGACACUGCUCUUUACUUACUUGUUUCAGGGUUAAUUAUUUGUUGAAGUCACCAUUCGUAAGUGUUCUAUUCCUUCGAUUGCUUGCAUUCUGAUAUAAGCCAGAGCGGGGGGAUACGUAAGUGAGCAGUAGCUCACAGUUGAUCUUGUUCAAACUGACAGGAAGUCUACAGUAACUCACCACUCUUUACAAACGUGGUACACAGAAAAGCAUUCUCACAACACACAAUUGAACGCCGCCUGGUCUUUAUGUCCAGUUUCUUUUCAAGAACUGCCCCUCCGAUCUCUCAUCUCUGUGUAAAGAAAUCCCACUCACUGGAUGUUUUUUGUUUGUCACACCAUUCUGUGUAACCUCAAGAGACUUGUCUGUGAAAAUCCUGCACCAGCGAGUACUCAAAGCAGCACCACGUCACCGUGAUCACAUUUUUCCCAUUCUCAUGUAUGAACACGAACUGAAGCUCUUGAAGAAGAAGAGAGGGUCCCAUAUACGAUUCGUACAUUGGGGGAGUGCCUGUUAGAGAGCGCACUUGUCCUGGGCCAUCGGCAUAGUGAGGUAGGGUGGCCAGUUCCUUUCCUUGCCGCCUUACUUCCCCCAGUGUUUCCACCAGGUCCCCAUUCACUGCUGGGUGGACAGGGAGCGAGCCCCAGAUCCCCGUCGAGCCGAGGCUCGAACCGGGGACCGUUCGCUUAGUGGUCAAGCGCUCUAACCACUUGGCCACUUCGCCUCCUGAAGCUCUUGACCUCUGUCUGAAUGAUUUUAUGCACUGCGCUGUUGUCACAUGAUGGGCAGAUCGGAUGAUUGCAUGAAUAAACACGUGUACAAGUUUCCUAUUAAAGUGGCGAUAGGUGUGGUGCAUUAAAAUGAUUUCAAAUGCUUUUGCGAGGUUUUCAUCAACCAAAAUAAAGAAUCCAGCUGAAAUAAGGACAGUUGAGUUCUGCCGGUGAUUGCAUGGACGAGCUUGAAGAGUAAUUUAAAUUGUGCAGGAAACUGAAAUGUACUCAUUAUGUAAUUAAGAUUUUCAUUCAUUCACCGUUCAGAGUUGACAGAUGCUUUGGAUAGAAAUAUGCAUCAUCAUCACCAUAAUUAUUAUUGUUUUUUUUCGAUGCUGCUUGUCUUGUUGUUUCCAUAAACAUCUGUUUACUGCUGCAUGACUGUGAUGAUCUGAAAUUAAGGGAAUGAGAAAGGGAUUUUCAAGAUUGACUUCUGUGUACCGUACUACCAGAAUUACAGUAGUUAGCAUUUCUUAUGACAAAAUGUAACCGUGUAGGAUGAUAUAAAUAGCACUGUGUCUGGGUUUAUUGCACAAAUGCAUAUCAUGUUACUCGAACUAAACGACAAAACUUUGAUUUUUAUUUUUCGUGUGCCAAAUGCACAUUAUCACGAAUUUAUAUGAAGAAGUGAUAUUGUUAAAGCUAGGUACAGUAUUCAAAGGUGCCAAUAUUUGUGGUUUAGCCAUAGCAUUUAUGACUUUUGACUUUUUCUACAGUAAUACUGGAGGCAACUAAAAGUCACACAUUUCUGUAUUUUAUUUAUUUAUUUUUUUCCCUUCGGCGAAAGUAGCGCUCAGACCAAAUACUAAUAAAAACCCAGUUCACUGAAGGGGAAAGGACACGAGAUGUAAAAAUGUCGCGUUUCCUUCUUUUGCUUUGCUCUGAUUUUAUGUAAGUGAACUUUGACCUGUGAAUUCACAGUCCUCAAGUAUGUGAGCCAUCAGAAAUCAAAUGGGCAGGGGGCGUCGUGGCUCAGGUGGAUAAGGCGCCAUACCAUAAAUCCAGGGACCCGGGUUUGAUUCUGACCCAAGGUCAUUUCCCGAUCCCUCCCCAUCUCUCUGUCCCACUCAUUUCCUGUCUCUACACUGUCCUAUCCAAUAAAAGGUGAAAAAAGCCCAAAAAGAAAUCAAAUAGGCAGGACUUUUCCUUUACACUCGAAUUUUCUUGUGAGCAAUGUUGACACUUCCGCACGAUGAAUUUACGAAUACUUCCCAUGUGACAGGAUUUCAAUUGACCAGUGCCAUUUUUUUUUAAAACUUUAGUUUGGUUGCUUGCUUUUAGCCAAAGAUUUAUGAAUUAUUUCUCAUUUGGACUGUGAUCUGGACCACAGCAGUGUGACCGAAAAACACCAUUUUGCAGCACGUCAAGAUUUAGCGCCACUAUAUAAUACAGUAUAAGCAGGAAUUGAUAGUUCUUUAAGGUUUGAAAUGCAGUACCGUUGACGUACACAGGAUUAUUAUGUAAAGGAUUAAAAAAAAAAAAAGUCAUGUUCAUUGCAUAGUAAUAAGUAAUGGCGCCCUGAUGAUGCUGUUAUUCACAGCCCAGGCAUGAAAACUCUAGCUUUUCUAAAUACUGUAUGAAUUGUAUGAUGUAUUGCUUUAGAGUAACAUAUGAAGGGAAAUAACCGUAGACUUUUAUUCAUACUGUUUAACUUGUGUAGACUUGAUCUGCUAAUUAAACAACUGGAAAGGUUCUUCAGGAAAGAUCAAAAUGAUGAGUCAUUGAUAAUACAAGUGAGUAGUAAAUUGGUUGAACAUGAACUCAUUGAAGUACUCGUUUGUGGUGUGUUUACACCCAAAUCUGAUUUCAGUAUCUGCUUAGGUACUGUGUUUAUCUAUAAAAUUAUCUGUAAGUCCGACAUUUCAAAACUAUAGAUGGUCAACUUCAUAGUUUUGAAUUGCGUAUUUAUUAUUAGCAGGAGUUAGGACACUGGAAUGAGUUGGGGUCGGGUUUUUUUGUUUGUUUGCUUGUUUUUUUAAAUCAGCAUACAUCUCUCGACACCUGAGUUUCAAUUUCCUGUAUUUUGGAAUUGUUUUGGAUGUAAAUCAAGCAUCAAGCGCUCCUCUUUGUUUUUCAUCUGUGAUCUUUCACCAUGUUCCUCUCCUGGUCUGCUGAAUUAGAGUAUGCCUUAAGUCAGUGUCUGUAGAACAUAUUAUUUAUUGUGUCUGGUUUGUUUUAAUUUAUUGAAACAAAUGAGAAAGUAUGCAUUUUUAACAUAGAUGUAUUGCUUUUUUUUUUAUCCUGAUCAAUAUCAUGACUGUAAAAAUGUGAACAGUUUCC